AUGAGCCAAAUUGCUCCAAAGUGGUACCAAUCGGAAGACGUUCCAGCUCCAAAGCAAACCAGAAAGACUGCUCGUCCACAAAAGUUGCGUGCCUCGUUAGUUCCAGGUACCGUCUUGAUUUUGUUGGCCGGUAGAUUCAGAGGUAAGAGAGUCGUCUACUUGAAGAACUUGGAAGACAACACCUUGUUGGUUUCCGGUCCAUUCAAGAUCAAUGGUGUUCCAUUGAGAAGAGUCAACGCUCGUUACGUCAUUGCUACUUCCACCCAGGUUUCCGUCGAAGGUGUUGACGUUUCUAAGUUCAACGUCGAAUACUUUGCCAGAGAAAAGACCCCAAGAUCCAAGAAGUCCGAAGCUGACUUGUUCAACGAAGCUCAACCAAAGAAAGAAAUCAAGGCUGAAAGAGUCGCCGACCAAAAGUCUGUUGACGCUGCUUUGUUAGCUGAAAUCAAGAAGACCCCAUUAUUAAAGCAAUACUUAUCCGCUUCUUUCUCCUUGAAGAACGGUGACCGUCCACACUUAUUGAAGUUCUAA